ACCUCCUCUUCCUGAUUGGCCAGUAGUGUCGCUCUGUGAUUGGCUGAUAUUAAAAUUUAAAAAUCGGGUGCUGCGCGUCCAGUUCCACCGAGAAAGACAGACAAAUACGCUAUUCAAAAACAAAGUUGCUGCCAUGUCAGCGGUAGAGGACGGUGCCCAGCUGCAGUGCUGCGUGACUGUGGAGCAGCUGAACAGCUCCGGCCAGGCCACUCGGAGGCAGGUCAUCCGCAAAGCCUCCGUUAUUUUGGGCCGCAAUGAGUUCCAGGAGAUCAUCCUUCGAGUCCACGACGGGAAAGUCCCGCAAAAUUACCACUUGAAAGAGUUCAAACUCUUCACCAAGUUCUACAGAGAGGGCAAGUGCACCGUCAAGCUGCUCCCUGAAAACAUCCAAGUGCUCAUCUCCAACUGCCCCCCUGACCAGCUGAGCCUCUUUCUCAAAACCCUGAGCAUCAAACACCAGGCCCUGCAGGCCUGCAAGACCAUGAGCAACAGGGAGAAGCUCAAAGCCGGGCUGCCACGCAGCUUCGAGGCCAUCAGCCCCCUGCAGCAGAAAGAUAUCCAGAAGGUCAAUGAGCUGAGAAGUAAAGCAGCUCCCAGUGGCCUGGCAGACCGCACCAAUAAGAUCUCUGUGGCAGGCACAGGACAGCAGAAAAAACGCUCCAGGAGUGACAGUAACUUUAGCCCUGUGAAGGCCAACCCCAGUAAGAAACCCAUCCUAUCUCUACCAUCACGCAAGCUAAAUAAAGAACAGGCAGCUGUUCUCAGUGCAGUGCUGAGCGGCAAGAACGUCUUCUUCACUGGAAGCGCAGGAACAGGAAAGUCUUUCUUGCUUAAGAGGAUCAUGGGAUCUCUCCCCCCAAAGAGCACCUUUGCCACAGCCAGCACAGGAGUAGCUGCAUGUCACAUUGGAGGAACAACAUUACACAACUUUGCUGGAAUUGGCUCGGGUUCGGCCCCACUGGAGCAGUGCAUCGAGCUGGCUCAGAGGCCCGGGGUGCUGCAGCACUGGACUAGCUGUCGACACCUUAUUAUCGACGAGAUCUCCAUGGUGGAGGCCCAGUUCUUUGACAAGCUCGAGUCAGUAGCAAGGUCUGUGAGAAAGUCUACUGAGCCGUUUGGAGGGAUCCAGCUGAUCGUGUGUGGCGACUUCCUUCAGCUGCCUCCAGUUUCUAAGGGAAAGGAAAAGGCCAACUUCUGCUUUCAGGCCAGGAGUUGGCGCAAAGUUAUCCAGGUCAACAUGGAGUUAACAGAAGUACGGAGGCAAACGGACCAGACUUUCAUCUCCCUCCUGCAGGCAGUGAGGGUGGGCAGGGUGACGGAGGAAGUCACAGCUAAGCUGAUGAAAAGUGCCUACCAUCAGAUCGAGACUGACGGCAUUCUAGCGACCAGGCUGUGCACACACAAAGAUGAUGUGGAGCUCACAAACGAGAACAAACUCCGGCAGCUGCCAGGCGCAGUACGUGAGUUUGAAGCACUGGACAGCGACCCAGUCCUGGUGAGGACUAUUGACUCUCACAGCCCCGUCAGCAGACUGAUCCAGCUCAAAGUGGGAGCUCAGGUCAUGCUGACUAAGAAUCUGGAUGUCGGUCGGGGUCUGGUGAAUGGAGCCCGUGGGGUUGUGGUGGCUUUUGAUUCUGGAAAAAAUGGACUCCCAAGGGUACGCUUCCUGUGCGGCACUACAGAGGUGCUGAAGCCAGAGCGCUGGGUCUUUAAGUCUGGUGGCGGGAUCCACCUGAGUCGGCAGCAGCUGCCGCUCAAACUGGCCUGGGCCAUCUCCAUCCACAAGAGCCAGGGAAUGACGCUGGACUGCGUAGAAAUCUCUCUGGCGCGCGUGUUUGAGAGCGGCCAGGCUUACGUGGCCCUGUCUCGGGCUCGGAGCCUGGAGGGUCUCAGGGUCAUGGACUUUGACCCCCGUGUGGUCCGGGCAGAUCCAGACGUUCUCCUCUUCUACAAGAAACUGAGGAAGGAGAGGCUGCUCAUGCAGGCCUCCAUGGAUGAGUUUGUUGGAAACAGCAACAAAGAAAAUGUCUGGUGAGGAGGACGCCUCCAGUCUUUUAUAAAGAUAUGCACUGUGUGCAUGACUUGUUCUAAUCUUCUGGUUACAACAUGAUUUUCCUAAAUGACUGCAACCAGAUGUCUGCCUCACGUUUCCUCUUAACUGACUGUACUUGGAGUCACACUGCCACCAUCUGUUCAUUAUUGUUCAUUUUGUAAGAGCUUAUUUUUAUUAGGAUUUUUGUAUUUAUUAUCAUGUUUGCAUGUAUUGAAAUAAAAUUUUAGUCAACUUUUAACUUAUCA